AUGUCCAUCCGCCGCGUCAAGUGCGACGAGGCCAAGCCUGCCUGCCACAACUGCUGUUCGACCGGUCGACAGUGCCUGGGGUACAGUCAUGACAACAGCCAGUUGCUCCAAGCCAGCCAGGGAGAGCUUCUGCGGCAGAUUUCAGCGUCCCUGGGCGGCACACAGCGAGAACGCCGCGCCUUUGAGUUCUACUGUGUGCGGACAAGUCCACGCCUCACCGGCUCCGACGAUCACGCUUUCUGGGGGCAGCUGGUCAUCCAACGCGCGUACGUAGAUACGGGCAUUCGCCAUGCCAUCAUCGCGCUCGCUUCGUUCUACGAGGACUUCGAAUCCGGUGCCGAGAAUUGCGUGUUCGCUCUAGAGCAGUACAAUUUAGCGAUCAGAAAGCACUUCGAUAGCUUUAAGAGUGAAAAUGGCCCGGCUACUGUCGAGGUCUAUGUUUCCUGUCUAGUGUUUGUGUGUAUAGAGAUGUUACGAGCCAACUUCACCUCAGCGAUAUCUUUAGCCCAGAAGUCUCUAAGUCUUCUGCACGGGUCCACCGAGGGGCAGAGCCCCGGAACAUCGAACUCGCUUUUGCACUUUUUGCAACGCCAAUUCUACCGCAUUCAAGUCCAAGCGAUCGGGUUAAUUGGCCAUGUUGAAGGCGGCAGCAAAUAUCCACCGCAAGCUGCACAAAUAGUCGAACCUACUAUUCCCUCCAUUUUCUCCUCCGUAUCGGAAGCGCAGGACUAUUUAGAGUUUUAUGGUCAACUCUACAGCCUAUCUACGAAUGAUGAACAAACGGGUCCUAUAAUGGGCGGUCCAGCGGAUUUUGACAUUCGAAUCGGAUCCUCUGAGCCAUAUAUAGAUAUUCUACGACAGUGGACUAAUGCGUUCGACGCAUUUCUCAUCCGACGCGCCAAUUCACUGACAGAUCAAGAGAGACAUGCGGUGCGCAUUUUACGUAUGCGUCAGCUUCUCAGUCAUAUCUCACUAGAGGUGAGCACACACUGCUUACCUUCUGACGAACAAGAAAUGGUAUGGGACAACCACUGCAGCGAGUUCAACGACGCCGUGGUGCUUGCAGAGUCGAUUCUCACAACCAUGGGUGACUGGGAGGACGCUUCUUCGUUGAUAAGGCGAAAACCAUCGUUUUCACUCGACUUUGUCAGCGUCGGACCUCUUUACGAUAUCGCACGGCGCUGUCGUGAUCCGACAAUUCGCCGAAAGGCAAUAGACACCCUACGCACUUUUCGAAGAAGGGAGGGCAUGUGGGACAGUGAGAUGGCCUUGCUGGUGGCAGAGCGGAUUGUUGCUAUUGAGGAAGACGGUGUUGACGUUGCAUCUUGUGAGGAUGUGCCUAGCUGGCGGCGCAUUUUCAACGUACACCCCGUGCUUGCUUUGGAGGAUAAGAAGAUAUAUUUGCAUUAUGAACGGAUAGCGAGUCCUACACAAGCAGUCAGGGUGCAGGUGCAGGAAGUCAUUCCAUACAGGGAAAUUUAG